CCGACUCGACCGGACUGCGGACGCCAUUACCACGCCACCGGAUCACUUAUCUGUCACUGUGUUGAGUUUUUGUGUUUAAUCAAAAAUUUAACUGAUUUCUUUAUUGUUUGUUAUUAUAAAAAUCAAUAACUAUAUAAUCGUAAAAUGGCAGAUGAAAAAAAGGGUGAAAGCGAGCACAUCAACUUGAAAGUAUUAGGACAGGAUAAUGCUAUUGUCCAGUUCAAAAUAAAGAAACACACACCUCUAAGAAAGUUGAUGAAUGCGUAUUGUGAUCGAGCGGGUCUAUCUAUGCAAGUUGUUAGAUUCAGAUUUGAUGGUCAGCCUAUUAAUGAAAACGACACACCAACAUCACUUGAAAUGGAAGAAGGUGACACAAUAGAAGUUUACCAGCAGCAGACGGGAGGCGUUCUAGUGUAAUAUAACUUAAGGAACUGUCAGUUUUGUGGGAAAAUCGUCAUGAUGUGCCCAUACAACAUUAACAUUAAGUUAAUUUUAAUACCAUCUUUUGUAUCCGUAUGUGAAAUGUCUACAAUGUCCAGGAUACAUACCCACAGCUGAUAAAAACUGUAUUAUGUGCCCUGGGUGUUAAAAUCUUUGGGGAUGUGUGAGGUAAACCAAAUGAAUCUAGGUAGCUUCAAAUCCUUUGUGAUAAUGUUCAGUUGACAUGUCUAAAUUGUGACCGUAUCAAUGCUGAAGCGCCGGCAUUCUGUUUCUGUGGUUAAAUGUAAUUUAUUGGACAUGCUCAUAAGUUGUCAGAAUCUUAAUGCUGAUGUACCUAUUUGAAAUAAAGUAAAUGUAAUGAU